GCGAAGCGAAACUCGCGCCGAGGGGAAAUACCGGAAGAGCCAACACCCCCACAGAGACGAUCGAUUUCUCUCCGAUUUGAACACACGCAGAGACACUAGCCAAUUUUCCAUGUUCGUUAGCCAUGUUCUCAAGAAAAAUCCUCUAACCUCAAUAUUUUCUUCCCCCAUCAAAAUCCAAUUCCUCUCAUUCUGUAGUGCCUCCUCCUCGCUUUGCAAUGUUCAGAUUCAGAUUGACCCAAAUCUUCUCGAACUCUGCUCUCUCUCCCACAACCUACCCCAAAUCAAGCAAGUUCACGCCUUUGGGAUUCUCACUAGCUUCCUCCCCGCUAGUGUCUCUCUCGCUGCUUCCCUCAUUCUUCAAUACGCCUCAUAUGGAGAUUCCAGAACUUAUCGGUUUCUUUUUCAGCAAACUGUGGGGCUAUGUCGCAAUGCUUUCUUCUGGAACACCCUUGUACGGGCUAACUCCAUUGCUGGUGUUCGCGAUGAGUUGAGGACCUAUAACCAGAUGGUUCGUUCAGGCAUUCGACCUGAUGGACAUACCUUCCCUUUUGUUCUGAAGGAGUGUUCGGAUUUUUCGGAGCUUCAAAAGGGUAUGGAGGUUCAUGGUGUUGCGUUUAAGCUGGGUUUUGAUGGGGAUGUUUUCGUUGGUAAUACCCUUAUGCUGUUAUAUGGUAAUUGUGCACAUAUAAUUGAUGCAAAGAGGGUGUUCGAUGAAAUGUGUGAGAAGGAUAAGGUAUCGUGGAAUACCAUAAUAGGUUUGUCUUCUCUUAAUGGUUUUAACGCGGAGGCACUUGAGUACUUUAAAGGAAUGAGUAUGAUGUCUGGCUUUAAACCGGAUUUGGUUAGCAUAGUCAGUGUCUUGCCAGUCUGCGCUGACACUGGAGAUCAGAUAAUGGCAAGACUAGUGCACUGUUAUGUUUUGAAGGUUGGUCUGUCGGGCCACGUAAAAAUUGAGAAUGCAUUGAUAGAUGCUUAUGGGAAAUGUGGGAAUGAAAAAGCUUCAAAGAAAGUGUUUGAUGAGAUGGUUGACAGAAAUGAGGUUUCCUGGAAUGCAAUUAUCACUAGUUUUACUUAUACUGGGCGCAAUAUGAAUGCCUUGGAAGCUUUAAGGUUGAUGAUUGAUUCAGGAAUGACACCAAACUCAAUUGCCAUUUCUAGUAUGCUGCCAGUUUUAGGAGAAUUAGGACUUUGUAAACUGGGAAAGGAAAUUCAUAGCUUUUGUUUAAGGAUGGGGUUUGAAUCUGAUGUUUUCGUUGCUAACUCGUUGAUAGAUAUGUAUGCAAAAACAGGGUAUCCAAGGAUGGCAUGCUCUGUCUUUCACAACAUGGGUGUCAGAAACAUCGUAUCUUGGAAUGCUAUGAUUGCAAACUUAACUCAGAACAGGUUGGAAUUUGUAGCUUUAGACCUAGUAAAGAAAAUGCAAACUUAUGGUGAAAUUCCCAACUCUGUAACCUUCACAAAUAUUCUUCCAGCUUGUGCAAGAUUAAGUUUCCUGCACACUGGCAAGGAACUACAUGCCAGGAUAAUUCGCGCUGGAUAUGCCUUUGAUUUGUUUAUUUCUAAUGCUCUGACUGACAUGUAUUCAAAAUGUGGGGGCUUAAGUCUUGCUCAAAAUGUCUUUGACAUAUCUGUUAGAGAUGAAGUUUCCUAUAAUAUACUAAUUAUAGGCUACUCUCAGACGAUUGAUUGCUUGGAAUCGCUAAAUUUGUUUAAAGAAAUGAGACUUUCAGGAAUGAAGCCAGAUAAUGUUUCCUUCAUGGGUGUAAUAUCAGCCUGUGCAAACCUGGCUGCAAUAAAGCAAGGCAAAGAGAUUCAUGGCUUUCUCGUAAGGAAGCUUUUACACACUCAUCUUUUUGCAGCAAAUUCACUCUUGGACUUGUAUACAAAAUGUGGUCGAAUAGAUAUUGCUUCUAAGAUAUUUGAAUGUAUUGAAAACAGAGAUGUAGCUUCAUGGAAUACAAUGAUUUUGGGCUAUGGAAUGCUAGGUGAAUUGGACACUGCAAUUAACUACUUUGAGGCAAUGAAGGAAGAUGGUGUGGCAUAUGAUUCAAUUUCAUUUAUUGCAGUUUUAUCAGCUUGUAGCCAUGGUGGGCUACUUGAGAAGGGAAGGAAAUACUUUAUGGAGAUGAAGGAUCUUAAUAUCGAGCCAACACACAUGCACUAUGCUUGCAUGGUUGAUCUCCUUGGAAGGGCUGGUCUUAUGGAAGAAGCAGCAAACCUUAUUAGGGGACUCCCUAUUGCACCAGAUGCUAAUAUAUGGGGUGCACUGCUUGGAGCAUGCAGGAUAUAUGGCAAUGUAGAAUUGGGACGUUGGGCUGCUGAACAUUUGUUUGAGUUAAAGCCUCAGCAUUGCGGGUAUUAUAUACUUCUUUCAAAUAUGUAUGCAGAAGCUGAAAGAUGGGAGGAGGCUGACAGAGUUCGGCAGUUGAUGAAAUCAAGGGGAGCGAGGAAGAAUCCUGGUUGUAGCUGGGUUCAAAUUGGAGACCAGGUGCAUGCAUUUCUUGUUGGCGAGAAAAUUGAGGGCUUAGAUUCUGGCGUUUGGCUAUCAGAAUGUUGAAUUUCCUGUUGUGGGGACUUGGAUCCUUUCAUUGUCUUGGUAAAUUGACUGUUUAAUGUUUCGUGUGAGAGAGAGAGAGAGAGAGACAGAGAGCUUGUGUGUAAAAUUUAGAUGCACAUUGUAAAAUCUACUGCUUAAGUGGAUUAUACAGAAAGGAAUCUCUCUCUCUCACACAAAAUUGAUAUGGUCAAUUUUCUAAGAAAUUGAGAAAGAUCCAAAUCUUUUGGCUUAUUGCUGUGACCUCUCUGGAGCAAUGUCUAAGAGAUAGGAUUGUAUAGUUGAAGGCAUCUGACCGUAUUACUUUAUACUCCUUCAGUCCUCUUUAUAAAUUAUUUCUAUUAAUCUCAUUAAUAUCAAUAUUCUUAUAUA